AUGGAGAAUAUUGAGGAGGACAAGCAUUUCUGGGAGAACAUUCUCUUCCCAAACCAAGAGCUUAAUAGCUGGCCAGUGGAUGAGGCAGCCUUGUCAGGGUACUAUGAUUCAAGCUCUCCGGACGGCGGUGCUUCAUCGGCGGCAUCGAAGAACAUUGUUUCGGAGAGGAAUAGGAGGAAGAAGCUGAAUGAAAGACUUUUUGCGCUUAGAGCAGUGGUCCCCAACAUCAGCAAGAUGGAUAAGGCUUCUAUCAUUAAGGAUGCUAUUGAAUACAUCCAGCACUUGCAUGAGCAAGAGAAGAGACUCCAAGCAGAGAUUUUGGAUCUUGAAUCUGGGAAGCUCAAAAACCCAACCUAUGAAUUGGAGCACGACUUGCCUAUUCUCCUCAGGUCCAAGAAGAGGAGAGAACAGCUAUUCGAUUCUGCCACUUUAAAAAAUUCCCCCAUUGAAUUAAUUGAGCUGAGGGUUGCAUACAUGGGAGAGAAGACGUUUGUGGUGAGUUUGACGUGCAGCAAAAGGACAGACACCAUGGUAAAACUGUGUGAGGUUUUCGAAUCUUUAAAGCUCAAGAUCAUUACUGCCAAUAUCACUUCUUUUUCAGGAACACUUUUGAAAACACUUUUCAUCCAGGCAGAUGAAACAGAGAAAGACGUUUUGCAGAUAAAAAUUCAGACAGCAAUUUCAGCUCUCAAUGUUCCUCAAAGCCCAAUGAGUAUCUGA